AUGAUGUCCAUCAUCGUGCGCGUGGCCGGCCUGUUCGGACUGAUGGUAUCGGAGCCAAAGACGGAGAUCAUGUGCAUGCUACCGAAAGGGCUGGGGGAACGCCCGUUCGCGGUCAGCGCCGCUGGCCAGACGUACAAGCAGACAGAUCGGUUUGUGUACCUCGGACGUACCAUCUGCGCGGAUGGGAAGGUCGACCGGGAGAUCACGAGCCGCAUCUGCCGAGCAUGGAAGUGCUACCGCCGGAACAGCACUUCGAUGUACGACAGGAAACGGGCCAACCGCCAGCUCAAGAUCCGACUACUCCAGGCUGAAGUGGUGCAGACCCUCCUAUACGGGUGCGCCUCGUGGAGCCUGGCAGCGGAGCACUACACCAAGCUGAAUGGGACCCACCGCCAGUUCCUGACACGGUGUAUCGGCUGGAGCAAGCGGAAGCGCUCAGACCGACCCCUGUCCUACGCCCAGGCCCUCAUCCAGGCCGGCUGCGAGGAAACCAUCGAGGCCACCGUGCGCAAACGGAGGCUGUGUUUUGCGGGCUUCGUUAUGCGCAUGGAGGACAACCGCCUCCCCAAGCGCAUGCUGCUGGGAGCGAUGGCGGGGGGUACCGGAUACCGGGGCGGGCAGGAGAGCGACUGGGUGUAUCGCCUAGGAGAGGACCUCGUGGCGUUUGGCAUGAAAGAGGAGAAGGAGGGGGGGAGAUGGAAAGAGAGCGCCAAGGACCAGGAGGCGUGGUACGACAAGAUCGAGGACGGGGCGGCAUGGUUCAUGAGGAAAUGGCACAGACAGGAGGCGGAAGCAUCCGCGAAGCGCCAGCGCCAGCGCGCGGAGGAAGCAGAGACGGAGAGUACGGCCGCCCCGGGCCCGAAGAGAAAGAGAAUCGGGGAAGCGGCGGGGGGGGGCGAGGGAGGUAGGACGGUGGAGUGCAUUAGCCCGAGGCUGAUGAAGGUGCGCCUGCAAAUUGGCCGCACCUGCGGAGUAACUUUCGUGGUGGGGUACGCCCCUACGGAAACUGCCCGCAACACCGCGGGCGGUGAUGUCAAUGCCAAGGACUCCUUCUGGACUGCUCUCGACGCAGAGAUCCGGGAGGUCCAUAGCCGUGACCAUCUCGUGGUACUAAUGGACGCCAACGCACGUACUGGCAGGAGGCGAGACGGAUGCUGCGAUGCCAAGAUUAUGGGCGCGUACGGACGCGACAUUAUGAACAACAACGGGGAACGACUUCUCGGACUGGCAGCAGACAACCGACUCUCCCUGAUCAACACCUACUUCCGGACACCGAAAGGAGGAGUGCAGCAUACGUUCCAGAGCUCCAACAAGGGGAAGGAGAAGCACCGCCUCGACUUCAUCCUCAUGCGACAGACGGACCGGCGUCUCGAACGUAAUGCCUCCGUCAAACGUGUCGAUUUCAAGGACUCUGACCACAACCUGGUGCAUACGACUGUCCGCUCCCCCCCCCGUGUCGCACCCAACCGACGAACGCGGGGAAACAGCGGAAGCAGCCGGAUCCGUAUCGACCUCGAACGGUUGAGGAAGGAUGUGCACCUACGGGCCGUCUUCCAAGACAGGGCUCUCAACCGCCCUCCGCCCACGGCCCUCAGCAGGCCAACGGGAGAGACCGCCGCCGAGCUCACCGCUGUGGUGAUGUCGGCCGCUGCGGAGAUCGCGCCGCUGGCGAGGAGCGCACGAGGGAAGGGAGGAUGGUACACGAGCGAAGCGCAGCACGAGAUUUCCGAAGCGUCUAGGGAGAUAAGAGUGGCCCAACAGCAGCUGCGCGGGGCCUCAAAGAACAGCGACUUAGAGACGACCCUGAAGGCGAAGCUCAAGGCGGCGCGGAAGAAACGCAGCAGCGCGAGGUGGAGAGCACUGGAAAAGUUCUUCGAGGGCUAUGUGAGGCAGCUCGAGAAGAAGAGCCGUGAGGGGGACCAGGCGGGUUUCUACAGGCACCUGAAGAUGAUCGACGUCGAAGGUAAGAGGCCACUUACCUCCCAGAACAUCAAGGACGAGGACGGUAAGGUCCUUCGGGACCCCACGCUUACCCGCCAGCGGUGGGCGCGGUGGUUCCACAAGCUCCUUAACACCAAGUCGCCGACCAUCGACCUGCAUGCGACCGACAGAGUCAAGCAGUGGCCCACGUGCGUUCCGCUCGACGACAUCCCGUCUCUAUUCGAGGUUGAGGAGGCGGUGCGGGGAAUGGCCAACAGGAAGGCCGUCGGGCCGGACGACCUACCGGCUGAGCUGAUCAAGCUGUUCCUGGAUGGAGACCGAGGCUUCCUCCGCGAAUUCCACGCCAUCGUCGUGGACGUGUGGCAGACGGGGAACGUACCGCAGCAGUGGAAGGACGCCACCAUCAAGGUUCUGUUCAAGAAGGGGGACACGAUGGAGUGCGGCAACUACCGGGGCAUCUCUCUCGUUGCACACGCCGGCAAGGUGCUGCUUAAGGUCGUUGCAACACGCCUAAGCCACUACUGCGAGCGAGAGGGCAUCCUCCCGGAGGAGCAGAGCGGUUUCCGCCCACACCGGUCGACGCUCGACAUGCUGUUCGCGAUCCAGCGGCUCCAUGAGCUCGCGAGGAAGAAGAGUACUGCGGUCUUCGCGUGCUUCGUCGAUCUCACCAAGGCGUACGAUUCGGUGGACCGAGAUCUGCUGUGGGACGUGCUCGGACGCUUUGGCGUGCCCCCGAAGAUGCUGGCGGUCAUUCGCCACUUCCACGAGGGCAUGAGGGCGCGGGUUCGAACGGACGACGGGCAGUACUCGGAAUGGUUUGACGUCGGCCAAGGUCUCCGACAGGGGUGCAACCUGGCCCCGCUGCUGUUCAACUUGUUCUCUGCCGCGAUGCGCAUGGUCGCAGUGACCGAGUUCGACAAGGACCCCAAGGUGACGGCGGAUAUGAUCAAGAUCGCAACACGAGUGGAGUGCACGGGCAAGAGGGGCAGGUCGGCGGGGAAGAAGGCGAUGAUGGUGACGGUCGCAGAGGCCCUGUGGGACAUGCUCUACGCUGACGACGCGGCCAUCGUCUCGCUCACGCCGGAGAGCCUCGAAAAGAUGAUGUCCAUCAUCGUGCGCGUGGCCGGCCUGUUCGGACUGAUGGUAUCGGAGCCAAAGACGGAGAUCAUGUGCAUGCUACCGAAAGGGCUGGGGGAACGCCCGUUCGCGGUCAGCGCCGCUGGCCAGACGUACAAGCAGACAGAUCGGUUUGUGUACCUCGGACGUACCAUCUGCGCGGAUGGGAAGGUCGACCGGGAGAUCACGAGCCGCAUCUGCCGAGCAUGGAAGUGCUACCGCCGGAACAGCACUUCGAUGUACGACAGGAAACGGGCCAACCGCCAGCUCAAGAUCCGACUACUCCAGGCUGAAGUGGUGCAGACCCUCCUAUACGGGUGCGCCUCGUGGAGCCUGGCAGCGGAGCACUACACCAAGCUGAAUGGGACCCACCGCCAGUUCCUGACACGGUGUAUCGGCUGGAGCAAGCGGAAGCGCUCAGACCGACCCCUGUCCUACGCCCAGGCCCUCAUCCAGGCCGGCUGCGAGGAAACCAUCGAGGCCACCGUGCGCAAACGGAGGCUGUGUUUUGCGGGCUUCGUUAUGCGCAUGGAGGACAACCGCCUCCCCAAGCGCAUGCUGCUGGGAGCGAUGGCGGGGGGUACCGGAUACCGGGGCGGGCAGGAGAGCGACUGGGUGUAUCGCCUAGGAGAGGACCUCGUGGCGUUUGGCAUGAAAGAGGAGAAGGAGGGGGGGAGAUGGAAAGAGAGCGCCAAGGACCAGGAGGCGUGGUACGACAAGAUCGAGGACGGGGCGGCAUGGUUCAUGAGGAAAUGGCACAGACAGGAGGCGGAAGCAUCCGCGAAGCGCCAGCGCCAGCGCGCGGAGGAAGCAGAGACGGAGAGCACGGCCGCCCCGGGCCCGAAGAGAAAGAGAAUCGGGGAAGCGGCGGGGGGGGGGAAGAAACGGCGACCGGACACUGCUGUAGAAGCGAGUAGGGCGGCCAAGGCCGCGCUUGCGGCGAACGACGUACCCAACUGAUGAUGUUGUCGCACCCUGUGUUCCCUUUUCCCUGCCGUAAGCUGUAUGCUCUUAGUAUUGCCUCCGGCCUCUCUUUGUGCUUUUCUUCUUUCUUUCUUUCUUGUUCUCCAUGCCCUCUCUACGAUGAUCUUGGACGAUACCUCGAGCUCCUUGUUAUUUUUGUUUUUUCCUUUGCUGGCUGCCUGCCACCUCUGCUGCCUCUUUGGUGCGGUGCCUACCCUACACUAAUGCGCUGGUGCAUACUGCACUGCUGUAGUACCUGGUACUGGUGUACGUUGUCCUUCGAUUUUUUAUUUUUUUUGUGGGCAUAUAUAUGUGUUUGUUUUUCGCCCCCCGUCUUGCUGCACCCCCUGGGGUGUGGUGCAGGGCGGGGGAUGCCUGGUCGGCGGGAACCCGGCACGGAACCCUCCGGCGUUGUAGGCGGGUGUGGGAAGCGUUCCCCGUUCUCCUUUUAUUUUAUUUUGAUCGGUCUCCUCGACGCUCUUUCUCGUUUGGUGCGGUACCUGGUCUUUCUUUCUAUCAUUUUGUUUCUCUUCCGAGUGGUUUUUGUACCCUAUUUUUUUCUGUUUCUUCGUGGGGUCGUGUAUGCCGGGUUUUGAGACCAC